AUGUCCGCCCCAGAGGUCACGCCCAGGCCCAACCGCAUCGCCGCGACACACAGCCCAAACCUUUACCCUCACACCCCCAGACCCAACCGAUCCACGUCUCUGAGCCAAUCGCCAUCAACGACGCCCACUCACACGGCGCCCGCACCACCAUCAUCGACAUCACCUCGCGACGACGCAGCCUCAUUCUCCGACCUCUCGCCCACCGCCAGCCCCACAUCCAAGACCUCCAACUGGAAGGCCAGCAUCGAGCUCUCCCUCGCCACCAGGAGGCGCCUCAUUCGCAAACCCUUGCCCCAGCUCCCCGGCGAAAACGACACCGACGACGAUGACCGCUCCCGGCUCGGCGACAGCAGCUCUAGCAACCGCAGGCUAGAAGACGAGCUCAGGGACGCCGAGGACUGGUGGCCCGAGUCGCUACCAGAGAGCGUCGACGCUGCCACGCCCGCCAACGGCUCCCUCCUCUUUCCCAAGCGCCAGAAGCAGCAGCUCGACGGCGGCCUCGACGACCAGAGCUCACAGCACCUUCUCACCAUCCUCCACUACGCCGCCCUGGCACCGCCCUGUCAGCUGCCGCUCUCCUCCGAAGCCGCGACGGGAGUGUCAGGGUACGUCGUCGACGCCCGACUGCUCGAAAGCCUCUAUGAUGCGCUCGCAGAAGCACUCGAGUACCUCUCGAAGCGAGAGGUGCUCGCCUCAUUGCAGAGGACCGCUUCGAUCCGCUGGAGGGCCGAGGCCCAGCUCCGCAACGCGGCCGCUGCCAGUGCCAGCCAAGCAGACUCGACGCAGGGCUCGACGUCCAAGUGGGCCCGGUUCGCAUGGCCUGCUGCUGCCCUCGGCCGCGCCUACCGCGAGGCCCAGCGUGGCACUCUGCCGCCCCUUCCGGCCGACCUGGCAGCCUGCGACGCGCAGCACGCCGAAGAGGCCUUUCAGCCCUUUGGCGGCGACCCGCGCAUCAGGAAGCGUGACGUUGCCAUCAAAAUCCUCAGCAAUGCCGUGUGGUUUGUCCGCAACUACGGACCCGCUGCAGGAGUCGAGACCCUCUACGGCCGGUACCCCGGGCCAAACGAGCCAAGCGUGGAGGCUGUUGACGAUGGCGACGAAACGGCAGCAUCCACGACGCCUCAUCGUUCCGCCCCUCCGGCCUCUCGCAGGGUCUCUGAGGCGCUCAUGAAGCCGCACGGCGGCCGCCCCAACUUUCUGGCCAAGUCGACGCCCACGACUGCUCUGAGCGGCACGGCCACCCCCGAGCCUGUGACUGAAGCCAGCUCACCAUCACCUUCGAGCACGGCGCCAGCGGUACCAGAUGACUCGAGCGAGCCUGUAGCAGCGGAUGCAUCAGUCGGCCAGGAUGCCUCCGGCUCGGCAAAGGAACGCGAUGCGACGACGGCGAUGACCGAUGGAGCGGCCGCGCCGGUGCCUGCGCCACCUGUCCUUGCCCCACCGAGCAAGGCGAUGGAGCACCUCGCCUCGCUCAAUGCGGCUUCCGGAGCUGCUCUCCGGGCCAAGGCGCAGGCGAUGCACAAGGGCGAGGGUGGCACGGAUGCCUUCGCCGAGGGCAUCUCGCAGCGUCUGGCGCACCAAUCGAGUCGGCCGAGCCUGCGAUCGACCACGAGCUACCUCACCGAGGCCGAAGCAGCAGAGACGGCGGCGCUCGAAAAGGCCGAGCGCGAGUACCUGGCGAUGCUCGGCAAGGGGUGCGACGAGUGGGCCAAGAUGGUCGUCUGCCGGCUGCUCGCGGACUUUGAGGUGGAGGAAGAGAGCGACGAGGGCAGGGACACACUCAAGGCCAAGAACAGCAAGCAGGGCCAGGCGCUGGCUGAGCAGCUGCGCGUCGACGGUCCACAGACGAUCUCGAACAUCUCGACCCGAUCCGACCGGACGGCGAGGGCCGCCAAAGUCGCGGCAGCGGAGGAUGAUCGGCCGGUCGUGUGGAUGCCCGAGGUGUUCGAAGGCGAUGACAUUUUUGGUGGCGGGGCGGUCGAGGUGCGCCGGCCACAGGAUCGGCAAGACCACCUCGACCGUGUCAAACUGAUCGGUGGAAGCUUUCACAUCAAGGUCAAGGACGCGCGCGAGAAGCAGGCGAUGUCGUCGAUCCUCGAGCUGGCAGUCUACGCCGGAUGCUCGAUGAUCCUCGAGACGAGCUUCCUGCGCGACUCGGACGCCGCCCGGCCAAAGGUCGUUCGCGUGCCGACCAGGACCGCCUCGACCUUGCCACAGCCCCUGCCUGCCGGCGUGCAUGUGCCGCACCGCCGCCAGUCGACCCUGUCGUCGUCGUUGAGCCGCGGCGAAUCCGAGCAGUCGCAGGCGUCGGAGCCCGAGAAGACGUCGUCACCCUCGUCGCCCACCCAAAGCCACAAGGCCUCCUCGUCCCGACGCUGGACUAAGAGUCUCUGGGGUAUGCUGCAUGCCCGAGGCCACCCGGCCUCUGUCGAUGGAGGCGCUGCCGCCGCGGCCGAGGACGAAGCCGAUGGAGCAGACGCCACAGGCGGUGGCGGCGUUGCGCGCAAGCGGUCGCUGCAGCUGUCGAGGACCAUGUCGGGCCAUGGCGACGGCAGCGCAGGUUUCGAGCGGCGGAGGUCGUCCAAGGGUAGCGUGGGCGAUGGCCUGCCUCGGUCCAAGACGAUCUCUCAGCACGAGCCCCGCUCAUCGAUCUCGUCGAUCACCAGCUCGAUCGGAGCCACGUUUGGCUCGCUUCACUCACGCGACCCGUCGGACCACAGCUCGGCCUCGCUGAGCAGCAGAGCCAACGCCAAACUCGGGCGGCUGAUCGGCGUGUUUGGCAGGGUCCUGCCGGAAGCGGCGCCGCACGGCGAGCAGGAUGCCGGCGAUGCUGAACCGCAACAGCCUGCCCUCCUCCGCGAACGCCGCGCCAGCGUCCCCAACCGCUCCUCGUCCGAGGUCAGUCAGGCCUCUGCCGUCGCCACGAAAACAUUGCAGCCGGUGCGCGUGACCAAGUUCCCGCCAGCGGAACCGGGGCCUUCUCCCCUGACUUCGUCGCCUGAGCUGGCGAUGUUGAGCUUCUACCGGCAGCAGGUCGCGGGCGUCGACGCCCAGGCCUACAUCGACGCCUUCAUGCGCUUGCAGUCGAUCGGCUUCCUGUGCGAGGACCGCGCCGAGGGGGUCACGUUUGCCACACCUUCAAACGGCAUCUCUGCCACCGGCGAGCUGCACCCGCAGGUCGGCGUCAAGGAAGGGACGGUGCGAUCGAGCGCUGCCUCCCUGCACAGUCUACAGAGCACCGCCUCACGGCGCGGGCAUCAGCUGCUGAGCGCAGAAGUGCGGCGCUCGGGUGGCGUCGUCGUCAAUGGCUUCCGCCGAGAGGAGGUCGCCUUCUACCAGCGGCUCAGCAACAGCCGCGACGUUCCGCUGGGCCAGGUGGUUGAGGAGCUCUGCGUCCGCGCUGGCUCCCUCGAGGCCGAGGAGGGUGCCAGCGCCAACGGCGGUGCUGCGACCUCCGAUAAGCGCCCUGUCGCCCCGGAGCAGCGGGUCCACUUUUUGCAUGGCGAAUUCCACGUCAAAGUCACCGCCACCAUGCUGCCCGCCGCGACAGUGGGGACCCAUACCGCCAGCGGCCCCGCUGCUGCGACUGCGGGCAAGCAAGGGGCCGAAGGGGGUGUCGGCGACGAGUCCGAACGAUCGCGAGACGUGCCAAGCGAAGACGCCUCGAUCGCAUCGAAUGACGCCGACAUCUCGGCCGUCGCGGCGGCUCUGCGCACGGACAAGGAGGCGGCGAAGACGGCCGUGGCCGUGGCCGAGACGGCGGUGCAGGCUGCCGAGCGGGGCACGCAGGUGCUCGUCGACGGCAAAACGAGCAGCGAGAGCAGCAUCUGGAUGUGGAACGCCAACGGGUCGAGCGGCUGGCAGGGGCGCGCUCGGCCGAUGUCCGAGUCGACCUAUCUGAUGUCGUUUGCGCGCUACCUCGAGGCCAUCCUCUACCACCCGGCCCUGCAGAGGGUGGGAGGAUUGGAAGAUGCUGGUCGACAAGCCAAACAGCAAGGCGUGCGCACCGAUGCGGGCCUCCAGAAGCAGCUGCGAGAGGGGCGGGACGAGGCCAGCCGAAGCGUGGCCGAGGGGGCGCACCUGCUACGCAUGUUUCGAUCCGGCCGCGCCGUCAUCAAGGUCGUCACCCAGCCCAUCCGCGUCUACGAUCUGGUCAUCGAUGGCCCCGUCAUGCACGGACGGCCCAAGCCCAUCUCCGCAGAGGCUGCAGCGGCCAACCGCAGACGAGGUCGCGAGAAGCGGGCCAAGGCGCAGAGCGGCGCGCUCCAGGCGGUGCUGGAGGACACGCGGCUCGAGGUGCAGAAGUUCUUUGCCUCGGCCAAACAGCAGAUGACGGCGCUCGAGGACCUCUUCGUGGCGCGAGAGCUCGACGAGACGGGCAAGACGAUCCGCCGCAACCCGAUCGAUGCGGCCAUGUUUGCCGAGGACGGGGCCGAUGGCGAUAAGGCCUUUGACGGCGGCAGCUUGGCGCGCAGCGUCGACUCGCGGACGACAGUCUCUGGUACCGUCGCCGAGCCUCUGACGCUCCUCGCCCGGCUUCAGGUCUCGCUGCGGACCGACGAAUUCGAGCUGUACGAUGCGCUUAAGGGAAUUCGAGGCUUUGAGAACGUCAACGGUAUUCGCAAAGCGUUUGCCGACCGCGCCAAGUCUGCCAAGAACCGGCUGAGCGCCUGGAUCAAGAAGCAUCUUACAAAGACCGAGCAGGCGCAGCUGGGUCGGUGCUCGUACGACGAGCCCGAGUACUUCUCAUCCGGCCGCCACGCCUUCCCGGGCUCGCAGUACCUGGUACGCGAGAGCGAGCCGCUGUCGAUCAUCGCCUUUUCGCUCAGCUCGCGCGACUUCAAAACGGAGCUCGGCACCUGGCAGGAGCCGCCGGACGAGGGCGGCGACUACUUUGGCAAGAGCAAAGAGGAGGACGUGCUUCUGUGGCGUCGGGGCAUCGUCGAGGGGUCCGGCUCGCAGAUCUCGUCGGGAUCCAGCUUUGUCUCGAGCUCGCCGCUGCGCGAAAAGGCGCACCGCAACGUGCCCGUCUCGCAGCUGGAUCCGGAUACGGAUGAGGUCUUCUACGAGCCGGAACCCGUCCGGACGACGCUGAAGCGCAAGAAGCGGGCGCGCGAGACGUCAAUCCUCUCGCUCCGGCUGCGUCGCGUCGGAUCGAGCGUGUCGUCGACCGUCUCCGAUCGGCGGACGUCGCGCACGUCGAUGCUCGCGCCGGACGACGAUGGUCGCAGCAGCAGUAGCCACGUCGAAGGCGGGGCCGAGGGCGGCAAGCAAGCAGACGAAGCGGCGAGCGGCAAGAAGGACAUCCACGCCCUCGACAGCGGCGGCGGCGGCGACGACGGGGAUGACGACGAUGACGGCGGCACGUCUGACACGAGCAGCUUCAUCGAUACCGCCUCGACGCGUCGUGACCGCUUGACGCGCGCGCAGGGACUGCAGCAGCAGCAGCAGCCCACGCCGAGGUCAUCCUCGCUGAUGCAGCGCCCGGCGCCGCCAUCGUCGUUGCAGAAGGGCAACACGAGUACGAUCAGCUCGGCGGCUACCGACAGCACGUAUCGUGCCCAGAUCACCCAGAUCCCCGCCCGGCCGCACUCGCUGGCGGGCAUCUUUUCCAAGGAUGCCGCGGGUGACGACGUCGUGCCGGGUGCAAAUCGAGAUUGCUGCGCGCCUCAGGACGACGAGGCAGGCGCCGGAUCCGCCAUCAGCAGCAGCAGCCCGUACUGGACGCUCGGCCACGGGCAGCAGGGCCUGAGGGUGCCACCGCGCAGCCAGACGCUCAAGUCGACGCGGUCGAUUAGCGAGAGCGUGGCCAGCACGGCGGCAUCGGCGCGCACCCUGGAUGGCGUGUCGCUGGCCCCGAGCAGCGCCCUGCCCACGCCCUCGGUCCACGCCUCGUCGGCCUCGGCGGCGGGAGCCGGCGCGGCCGCCGAGAGCCCGCACAUCAAGCACAACCUGAUCCACAGCAACACCAAGAUUUCGUGCGUCUCGUGGUUCGCCGAAGAGUUUGCGGCGCUGCGCCAAAAGUGGGGCGUCGACGACGACUUUGCCCACAGCCUCAGCCGGUGCCAGCCGUGGAGCACGACGGGCGGCAAGAGCAAGAGCGCCUUUUUCAAGACGCGCGACGAGCGCUACAUUGGCAAGCAGCUGCUGACGGUGUGGUCCGUCGACGAAAAGGAGGCCUUUCUCGAGUUUGCGCCCGCCUACCUGCGCUAUAUGAUGAACUCGGUCGUCAACGACUGUCCCACGCUCCUCGUCAAAAUCGCCGGCGUCUACUCCAUCAAGAUCAAGGACAUCAAGACGGGCGAGACGAGGCUCAAGAUGAAUGUCAUGGUGCAGGAGAACCUGUGGGCCGGCGAUGGCGGCCGCUCGGUGCGCUUCGACCUCAAGGGCAUCAAGGAUCGCAAGGCCAAAGUCAGCCCGCAACAGCAGCAGCAGCAGCAGCAGCAGCAACCGGCGGCGGCGGCGGCAACGGAUGCGGCGAUGGCCGUCGGAGAUGGCUCGACGACGGCCACGCCGGCCAGGGCGGCUGGCUUGGCAUCGACGAGCGGUUUCUCGACGGCCACAUCGACGCCACGAACGACCGCUGGUGGCGCCACGGCAGCCGACACGCCACUCCACGCCGCCGGCGCCGCUUCUUCUGCGUCUACAACAGCGUCGGGACGCCCUACGUCUUCGUCGGCGGCGGCUGCGGCGGCAUCGGCGUCGGGAUCGACGUCGGCCGACGCAGCGGCUGCGGCAUCGGCGGCGGCGACCGUGGGCGAUGCUGGUGGCACCGUCUGGUGGGACAGCGACUGGAUCGGGCGAUACAAGGCCAAGGCCUUUGUCGCCGAGUCGCAGCGCGAUCUCUUCUGCCGCGCGCUCAACAACGACACGCAGUUCCUCACCGCCUCCAACAUCAUGGACUACUCGCUCCUCCUCGGUGUCAUCGAGACGCCCCCUGCGCCGCCAUCGACAGCAGCAGGCGAGGGCGAGGAUGAGGACGAGGACGGUGACGCCGCGUCCGACGAUGCCGAUGCGGACGCGGGUGCCGACGCCGACGACGCCGCGACGACGACGGGCGGUGCGGGGUCGGCACGCCAGCAGCGACGGCAGCAGCGGCCCCUCGAGAGCUCGUCGAAAAAGGCGCUCAAGUCCGGCCUCGAGGCCAAGGGCAACGUCACCAUCCUCCCGCCCGCCGAGUACGCCGCGCGCUUCGUGUCGGCGCUCCAGGGCUACGUCGUCGGCGUGCCCUGUCUGCCCACGCUCGAUCCCGAGCUGCCGCUACAGCAGCAGCAGCAGCAGCAGCAGGGGCAGGGGCAGGGGCAGGGGCAGCAGCAAAGGCGCCGGGCUCAGCAACCCGGCUCCAUGCAGAGGACGAGGUUGGAUCCUGUCCUCUAG